GUAUGACUAAAGCUGAGCAAGUGGAUAUACCAGAGUAUUUCCGAAAUCAUGGGAAGCACAAGUUGAUAAUAACAACUGCGGAGGAAGGUCUCGAUAUUUCCAAGUGUAAUCUUGUCAUCAGAUAUGACCAUGUGACCAACGAGAUAGCCGUGGUUCAGUCCAGAGGCAGAGGUAGGGCAGCAGACAGCAAGUAUUAUGUGAUUGCCGAGGAGAAUACGGGUAUGGCAGAGAAGGAGGAACUUAACAUGAUACGAGAGAUCAUGAUGAGGAAAGCUAUCAUUCAGCUACAGGAAUACAUACAGAAGAAUCCAGACAAGUUUCGCCAGGAGAUUCACAAAUUCCAAGACGAAGCUAACCUAGAUCGGCAGUUGAAAUCUUUGGGACCUAGACCUUCGUUGCCAGAAGAGAUACGUAAAAUGGAUGCCAGUUCUGUCCAAUUGUUCAAGAAAGCUUUGGAAGAUGGAAAGGAAGAGAUUAACAGUAUUCGUGUAAUGAUAGUGGGACAUUGUGGAGUUGGGAAAACGACGCUUACGAAAAGAUUAUUCAGGGAAGACGUUGACAUUGCCAAAAGUAUGAAAAGAACAAAUGGCAUAGAGGUACAUUCAAAACGAUGUAAAAUUCUACUGGCUGAACGUGAAUGGCUACCAACGGAAACAGAAAAUUCAGAAGAAAUGGUGUGUAAUCGUAUUGCCUCCUUAAUGAAGAAUAUUUCUAACGAAAUGAAACCGGAAAAAGAGGAAACACCACAUCAAACCAUUAACCAGGAAAACACAUCUGCAAGUGAAACUAAGGUUAAUGAUCAAAAGGACAUCACAGUCAAACAACCCGCGGCAAAUCUAGGUAACACUAUGCUCCACGGUUAGAGGAAUGCCAAAAACCCUUCAUAAUAAACUUGUACUUGAACUCUAUACUCCUUUUUCAUUUUAUAGGUGUGGGGCCAAUAUGGUCUACCAUGCACCCUCCCCUAGACUUUUUAGCUCACCUGAGCACAAAGUGCUCAAGGUGAGCUUUUGUGAUCACCCUGUGUCCGUCUCCGUCACUGUCAGUCAUCCGUCGUCAACAAUUUGACUGUUAACACUCUAGAGGUCACAAUUCUGGCCCAAACUUUAUGAAACUUGGUCAGAAUGUUACCUUCAAUAAAAUCUUGGAUGAGUUCGAUAUUGGGUCAUCUGGGGUCAAAAAACAAGGUCACCAGGUCAGAUCAAAGGAAAAGCUUGUUAACACUCUAGAGGUCACAAUUUUGGCCCAAUCUUAAUGAAGCUUAGUCAGAAUGUUACCCUCAAUAAAAUCUUGGACAAGAUUGAUAUUGGGUUAUCUGGGGUCAAAAACUAGGUCACAAGUUCAAAUCAAAUGAAAAGCUUGUUAACACUAGAUGUCACAAUUUUGACCCAAUCUUAAUGAAACUUGGUCGGAAUGUUACCCUCAAUAAAAUCUUAGAAGAGUUUGAUAUUGGAUCAUCUGGGGUCAAAAACUAGGUCACAAGGUCAAAUCAAAGGAAAAGCUUGUUAACACUGUAGAGGCCACAUUUAUGGCCAUAUCUUAAUGAAACUAUCUUGAUGAUCUUUAGGUCAAUAGGUCAGGUGAGCAAUACAGGGCCUUCAUGGCCCUCUUGUUUUCAUAGGUACCAAAUUGUUCGGCAGGACCAACUCUUUCAAAAUAAAGAAUGUUCCCAUGAAAAAAGUCUUUUGAACUAUAUAAGAUUUCACUGUUUUCAUGGCAACCGUACAUUUUAGCUCACCUGAGCCAAAGCCUCAUCGUGAGCUUUUGUGACCGCUUAAUGUCCGUCGUCCGUCCGUCAACAUUUUCUAAAAAAAAAUCUUUUUGAAUACCACUGGACAGAAUUACAUCAAACUUCACUGGAAUGAUCCUUGGGUAGUCCCCUUACAAAAUUAUCCAAAGAAUUGAAUUCCAUGCAGAACUCUGGUUGCCGUGGCAACCCAAAUGAAAAACUUGAAAAAUCUUCUUGUCCAAAACUGCAAGGCGUAGAGCCUUGAUAUUUGGCAUGUGACAUCAUCUAAUUGUCCUCUAUGAAGAUUGUUCAAAUUAUGCCCCUGAAAAGAGGCCCCAUCCCGGGGGUCCCAAGUUUUACAUAGACUUAUACAGGAAAAAAACCUUUAAAAAUCUUCUUGUCUAAAACCACAAGACCUAGGCCUUUGAUAUUUGGUAUGUAGCAUUGCCUUGAGGUCCUCUACCAAAAUUUUAAAAAUUAUAACCCUGGGUUGAAAAGAGGCCCUGCCCUGGGGGGUCUCAAGUUUUACAUAGAUUUUAUAGGAAAAAACUUUAGAAACCUUCUUGCCUGAAACUGCAAGGCCUAAAUUAUGCUUUUGAUAUUUGGUAUGUUGCAUUGCCUUGUGGUCCUCUACCAAAAUUGUUUAAAUUAUGCCCCUGGGGUGAAAAGAGGACCUGCCCUGGGGGUCCCAAAUUUAACAUAGACUUAUAUAGGGGAAAAAAAUCUUCUUGUCUGAAAGUUUUAGGCCUAGGCCUUUGAUAUUUGGUAUGUAGCAUUGCCUAGUGGAUGUCUAACAAGAUGUUCAAAUGAUGCCUCUAUGAUGAAAAGAGGCCCCUCCCAGGGGGUCACUUGUUAUAUGAGUUAAAAAGGGAUAAAUACUUCAAAAAAUUUCCGAUCAUAUUUUCUAGACUGUAUAAUUAUUAUUACCUGAUGACCCCAAGUGAUUAGGGUCAUGUGACCUUGACCUACUGACCUACUUUCUUGUUUUCAGUUUUUGUGAUCGCCUUGUGUCCGUCGUCCGUCAUCGUGAACAAUUUGACUUUUAACACUCUAGAGGUCACAAAUUUGGCCCAAUUUUAAUGAAACUUGGUCAGAAUAUUACCCUUAAUAAAAUCUUGAACGAGAUCGAUAUUGGGUCAUCUGGGGUUAAAAACUAGGUCACCAGGUUAAAUCAAAGGAAAAGCUUGUUAACACUCUGGAGGCCACAUUUAUGACUCUAUCUUCGUGGAACUUGGUCAGAAUAUUUAUCUUGAUGAUUCCUAGGCCAAGUUUUAAUCUGGGCCAUGCCGGGUCAAAAACUAGGUCAUUAGGUUAGAUCAAAGGAAAAUCUGGUUAACACUCUAGAUACCACAUUUUAAGUUUGAAAUCCAUGAGAAGUUGUCAGAAUGUUUGUCAUGAUGACCUCUAGGUCAAGUUCGAAUCUGGGUUAUGUGAGGUUAAAAACUAGGUCACCCAGUCAAAUUAAAGGAAAAGCUUGUUAACACUGUAGAGGCCACAUUUUUGACCAUAUCGUCAUGAAACUUGGUCAGAAUGUUUAUCUUGAUGAUCUUUAGGUCAAGAUUGAAUCUGGGUCAUGCUGGGUCAAAAACUAGGUUUGUAGGCCAGAUCAAAGGAAGAUCUUGUUAACUAUCUAGAUACCACAUUUUAAGUUUGAAACUUGAGUAUUGGUCAGAAUGUUUGUCUUGAUGAUUUCUAUGUCAGGUUUGAAUCUUGGUCAUAUGGGUUUAAAAACUAGGUCAUGAAGUCAAAUUAAAGGAAAAGCUUCUUAACACUCCUGAGGCCAAAUUUAUCACCCUAUCUUCAUGAAACUUGGUCAGAAUGUUUAUCUUGAUAACCUCUAGGCCAGGUUUGAAUCUGAGUCAUGUGGGGUCAAACUAGGUCACCCUAUCAAAUCAAAGGAAAAGCUUGUUAACACUCAAAGAAGCCAUAUUUAUGAACCCAUCUUCAUGAAUCUUGGUCAAAAUGUUUAUCUUGAUCAUCUUCAGGCCAAUUUUGAAUCUGGGUCAUUUGGGUCAAAAACUAGGACACUAGGUCAGAUCAAAGGAAAAUCUUGUUAACACUGUAGGGGCCACAUUUUUUAUUCAAUCUUCAUAAAACUUGGUCAGAAUGUUUGAUAUCAUGAUGGUGGGCUAUUCAAAUCACUCUGCGUCCAUGGUCCAUCCGUCCGUCAGUUAACAAUUUCUUGUUAUCGCAUUUUCUCAGAAACUACUAGGGGGAUUUUGACCAAACUUUGUCAGAAUGAUGUAUUGGUACCCUAGUUGUAUCCCCCUGAAAAUCAGACUGGUUCAACAAUUUUUGAGUGAGUGAUGGCCCUUUGUUUAUCUUUAUAAUUUACAUAGAUUUAAAUAGGGAAACAUUUUGAAAAUAUUCAUGUCCAAAACCACAGGGCCUAGGACUUUGAUAUUUGGUAUGAAGCAUCAUCUAGUGGUCCUCUACCAAGAUGAUUCAAAUUAUAUCCCUUGGGUCAAAUGUGGCCCCGCCCCGGGGUCACAAGUUUUAUAUAGACUUACAUAGGGAAAAACUUUGAGAAACCUCUUGUCCAAAACCACAGGGUUUAGGGCUUUGAUAUUUUGCAUGUGACAUCAUCUAGUGGUCUUCUACUAAGAGUGUUCAAAUUAUCCCCCUAGGGACAAAUAUGGCCCCGCCCCGGGGUCACAUGGUUUAUAAAGACUUAUAUAGAAAAAAACUUUGAAAAACUUCUUGUCCAAAACCACAGGACCUAGGGCUUUUAUAUUUUGUGUGUGACAUCAUCUAGUAGUCUUCUACUAAGGUUGUUCAAAUUAUCCCCCUAGGAUCAAAUAUUGCCCCGCCCUGGGGGUCACAUCUUUUACAAAGACUUAUAUAGGGAAAAAACUUUGAAAAUCUUCUUGUCCAAACCACAAAGCCUAGGGCUUUGAUAUUUGCUAUGUAGCAUCAUCUCGUGGUUCUCUACAAAGUUUGUUCAAAUUAUCUCCCUAGGGUCAAAUAUGGCCCGCCCCGGGGGUCACAUGUUCAUAUAGACUUAUAUAGAGAAAAGCUUUUAAAAUCUUCUUGUCAAUAACCUACAACAUUCAGAUUUGGACCACAUGUAUAGUUUUAAGUGGCAAGAUGAACAUUGACAUGAGUUGACCUUGAUUUUGACCUAGGGGCCUCCGUGACCGAGUGGUUAAGGUCGCUGCCUUCAAAUCACUUGCCCCUCAUUGAUGUUGGUUCGAGCCUCACUCGGGGCGUUGAAUUCUUCUAGUGAGGAAGCCAUCCAGCUGGCUUAUGGAAGGUCGGUGGUUCUACCCAGGUGCCCGCUCGUGAUGAAAUAAUGCACGGAGGGGCACCUGGGGUCUUCCUUCACCAUCAAAGCUGGUACGUCGCCAUAUGACCUAUAAUUGUGUCGGUGCGACGUUAAACCCAACAAAAUAAAUAAAAUAAAAUUGAUUUUGACCUAGUGACCUACUUUCACAUUUCUGUAGCUACAGCCUUCAAAUUUGGACCACAUGCAUAGUUUUGUGCACCGGAAAAAACUGACCUUGACAUUGACCUAGUGACCAAUUUUCACAUUUUUGAAGGUACAGGCUUGAAAUUUAGACCACAUGCAUAGUUUUGUGUUCCGAAAUGAAAUUUGACCUAGUGACCUACUUUCGCAUUUCUCAAGCUACAGCCAUCAAAUUUGGACCACAUGCAUAGUUUUGUGUACCGAAAAAACUUUGACCUUGACAUUGACCUAGUGACCUCCUUUCACACUUAUCAAGCUACAGCCUUCAAAUUUGGACCACAUGCAUAGUUUUGUGUACCGAAAUGAACUUUGAUCUUGAGAUUGACCUAGUGACCUACUUUCACAUUUCUCAACCUAUAGGCUUCAAAUUUGGAUCACAUGCAUAUUUUUGUGUUCUGAAUAAAAAUUUGACAUUGGUUUUGAUCUAUUAUCUACUUUCACAUUUCUCAAGCUGCAGCCUCCAUAUUUGAAGCACAUGCAUAGUUUUGUAUACCGAAAUGAACUUUGACCUUGAAGUUGAUCUUGUGACCUACUUUCACAUUUCUCAAGCUACAGCUUUCAAAUUUGGACCACAUGCAUGGACCACAUGCACAGUGAUGUGUACUGAAAUGAAAUUUGACCUUGAUUUUGACCUUGAGCUAGUCUUGAAAUUUGGAACAAUCAAAAAUGGCUCAAUGGUGGGCGCCAAGAUCACUCUGUGAUCUCUUGUUUAAAUUAUUAUGAUUAAAGUACCCUGUUCCGGGGUCCUUUAACGUGACAGAACAA